AUGGCGGACGCUUACAAGGAAACGCUACUUGUUUGAAGAGUAACAAAACUUUUGUUUUUCGCCCUUGUAGUGAAGAUAAAUUAGCGUAAAUGAUGAUUAAUUCGCCAUAUAUUUUACAGAGGUUUGUUUCAGCGAAAGAAACUGAAGAAUUCACAUCCUACUCGAAGGGAAAAACAAUUCACGAACAUGGCAGGAUGUCUGGAAAGGAAGCGAGAACGUUUUAUGAAGUUGUUCUUUCUUCAUCCAAUUCUGAUGCAGGAAGUGUUUUAGCGUCAGAGGAUGACAAAACGGAAAAGAAUAAUUCAGGUCAAAAGGGAAAUGGGUCAUUGGCGAAAUCAACGAACUCAAAACCAACUGAAAAGGAUUUGAAAUCCAAAAAGAAUAGUGGUCACUCCAGAUCCAUACCUACUAAAUUUCGUUCUACUUCUGAUCACAGACUAGUAAACGAUUUCUUAAAAAAUGCUCAAGAGGGAAAUUUAAGACGAGUUCAAGAACUGCUUUCCAAUAAUAGCGUAGACAUAAAUGUAUGUGACCAAUUUUCAUGGACAGGAUUGAUGUGUGCAUCUCACAAUGGGCAGAUUCACAUUGUCAAAUAUUUACUCGAGAGCGGAGCUUUGUGGAGAUCUUAUGAAGACUCACAAGGAAGAACAGCUUUCGACCUUGCAAAACUUGCAGGACACCAUGACAUAGCAGAACUUCUCAGAUCUUACAGUGGUCAGCGUAAAUGCCAACGCAUAAAAUCCUCUUAUGAAGAGCAUUCUGCUAUCACAGCACAAACCAAAUUUUGGUGCUCUGUAUGCGAGCAAGAGUUUACAGAUCUGAAGGGUACACAUGAAGGUUCAACUGUGCAUUUGUUCAAUAUACAACGCAAGCCUCAAAAAACAUUCUAUUAUAUUCCAGAAGGCAAUGUAGGGUAUCAAUUGAUGCUAAAGUCUGGCUGGAAUGAAGAUCGAGGUUUAGGCCCAGCUGGUGUUGGAAGAAAAUACCCAGUGAAAACAGUUCUCAAGAGAGAUCGAUUAGGAUUUGGUAAUAAGGGAUGUCAACCAGCAAGAGUGACACACUUUGGUCCACAUGAUCACAGUUCUGUGAAGAGGAGAAAAUCAAUCACCGAGAAGGAAAAGAACAGAGGAACAAUGAAAAAGACUUGUAGGAGGGAAAGGGUGGCUAAAGAGAAGAAGGAAAAGAAUUGGGAAAGAAAUAUGAGGAUAUACAUGAACACUGAAUAAAAUUUAUCAUCUAAAGCUUUUAUUGUGGUAAUGAUAGGGAACAAAUUGGCAAUGUUAACAGCUAUUCUUUAUAUAAAAUACUGAGAAGAUCAAUACCAUAUAACUACGAUAAGAAUAUAAAUAAUCUAACUCAACUUUACUAUGUUACAAUGACUAGUUUUUUCAUAUUUAAAUAAUGGUUACCUUAUUUAAAACUAAACAGAAUAACUGGAUGGUUAAAAAUAAUUUCAUUUGUUCUGAGUACACUCCUUUGUUUGUGAUUGAUAACUUUUUUUUACUUUGUGAACUACAAACACCUUGUAUGCCCCCCCUUUUAUUGUAAAGCCCUCUCUCCCUUUAAGAAAUUCAGGUUUUUAAUAAGCCUACCUCUCCCCCUGUUUUGAAAUUCAGGUUUCUCAUAAGCCCCCCCCUCCCCUGUUUUGAAGUUCAAGUUUUUGAUAAGGCCCCUUCCCCUCCCCCUGUUUUGAAAUUUAGGGCCCAGUUGCAUAAAGGGCAGAUAAUGCUAUCCAACAAAUAAAUCUCUAUCCAGUGUAUCAGCGACUACAAAAUGUAUGCUGCACAUGAUAAUGAUCCUAAAAAGAAGAAUAAAGAAGCUCUGUAAUAAAAUGGGAAAAUUUCAACUGUA